CCUGGGCGGCGGGCAGCGGAUCCGGGGAGGAGGGAAGACCGGAAGCCACGGUCGCGUCCCAUCCUUAGAUUCGCUCCCUCGGGGUGGGACGGAGACGGCGGAGCGGGGUGAGGCCGAAUGUUGGCUCCUUAACACAAGGGAGCGGCCGCUCGGGAGCCUCCUCCCCGGGCGCUCUCCGUAGCCACCGGCUCCUGGGCGCGCCGCCCCAGUGGACGGCCCGGCCGCGCACACCCGGCCGCAGACGCGCUGCCCGCGCGGGGACUGACCGGCGGCCCGAGGCCCGCACCACGCCGCCACCCCCGCCCGCCUGCCCGCCGGUCCCUCCGGCCGUCGCCAUGUCCUCCUCCUCUUCCUCCCCCCGGGAGACGUACGAGGAGGAUCGGGAGUACGAGAGCCAGGCCAAGCGCCUCAAGACCGAGGAGGGGGAGAUCGACUACUCGGCCGAGGAAGGCGAGAACCGCCGGGAAGCGACGCCCCGGGGCGGGGGCGAUGGCGGCGGCCGGAGCUUCUCGCAGCCGGAGGCAGGUGGAAGUCAUCAUAAAGUUUCUGUUUCACCCGUUGUCCAUGUUCGAGGACUCUGUGAAUCUGUGGUGGAAGCGGACCUCGUGGAGGCUCUGGAAAAAUUUGGGACAAUAUGCUAUGUGAUGAUGAUGCCAUUUAAACGGCAGGCUCUCGUGGAAUUUGAGAACAUAGAUAGUGCCAAAGAAUGUGUGACAUUUGCUGCGGAUGAACCUGUGUACAUUGCUGGUCAACAGGCUUUUUUCAACUAUUCUACAAGCAAAAGGAUCACUCGGCCAGGAAAUACUGAUGAUCCAUCAGGAGGCAACAAAGUUCUUCUAUUAUCAAUUCAGAAUCCUCUUUAUCCAAUUACAGUGGAUGUUUUAUAUACUGUAUGCAACCCUGUUGGAAAAGUGCAACGUAUUGUUAUAUUCAAGAGAAAUGGGAUACAAGCAAUGCUUAUGUUUGAAUCAGUCCUUUGUGCCCAGAAAGCUAAAGCAGCACUCAAUGGAGCAGAUAUAUAUGCUGGAUGUUGCACACUAAAGAUUGAAUAUGCAAGGCCAACUCGUCUAAAUGUUAUUAGGAAUGACAAUGACAGUUGGGACUACACUAAACCAUAUUUGGGAAGACGAGAUAGAGGAAAGGGUCGCCAGAGACAAGCCAUUUUGGGAGAACACCCUUCUUCGUUUAGACAUGAUGGCUAUGGAUCGCAUGGUCCGUUGUUGCCUUUACCGAGUCGUUACAGAAUGGGCUCUCGAGAUACACCUGAGCUUGUUGCAUAUCCAUUACCGCAGGCUUCUUCCUCUUAUAUGCAUGGAGGAAAUCCCUCUGGUUCGGUUGUGAUGGUUAGUGGAUUACAUCCACUAAAAAUGAAUUGUUCAAGAGUCUUCAACCUAUUCUGCUUAUAUGGAAAUAUUGAAAAGGUAAAAUUCAUGAAGACCAUUCCUGGUACAGCACUGGUAGAAAUGGGUGAUGAAUAUGCUGUGGAAAGAGCUGUCACACACCUUAACAAUGUCAAAUUAUUUGGGAAAAGACUUAAUGUUUGUGUGUCUAAACAACAUUCAGUUGUUCCAAGUCAAAUAUUUGAGCUGGAGGAUGGUACGAGUAGCUACAAGGAUUUUGCAAUGAGCAAGAAUAAUCGCUUUACAAGUGCUGGCCAAGCAUCUAAGAAUAUAAUCCAGCCGCCCUCGUGUGUGCUGCAUUAUUAUAACGUUCCACUGUGUGUCACAGAAGAGACCUUCACAAAGUUAUGUAAUGACCAUGAAGUUCUUACAUUCAUCAAGUAUAAAGUGUUUGAUGCAAAACCUUCUGCCAAAACCCUUUCUGGGCUCUUAGAAUGGGAAUGCAAAACUGAUGCAGUAGAAGCCCUUACAGCACUUAAUCACUACCAGAUAAGAGUUCCAAAUGGUUCCAAUCCCUACACAUUGAAGCUUUGCUUUUCUACAUCAUCCCAUUUAUAAGAGAAGAGCAUGUUAGAAUUUAUGUUCAUGGUUAUUACAAUUUUAAAGCUAUACUUCAUUUGAGAAAUCGAAAAUGGUUGAUCUAAUGUUGCCUUGCUUACUUUGACUUAAGAUCCUGUUCUGUAAUAAAUAUUUUGCCUUGAGUAAAUCUGUUGUAAACUUACAUAUUGAAUUGUUUUCAUUUUAAAAUAGAAUGUCAUAAUGUAGACUAUCUACAGCUUCCUUGUAGAUUGCUCAGAUAUAUCAUUUCUAAUCUUAUUAUUUUUCUUCCACAGUGAAAAUAUAUUUGCAUUCUUAAUGCUAAUUAUCUGCAAGUAUUUUUCCAUUGUGUAUGAGAUUAAUGCAGGUGAAAGUAUUGCAUUUUAAUAUUAUAGAAUUCCUAUUAAAUGUUUAGAUGUUUAAGUAUAUUGCAGUUAUUCAUAAUAAACAUAACUUGUAUUUAUUAAGUAUUUUAAUCAAGUUUGAGAAUAACAUACACAUAUUAAAUUUUAAGUACUACAGAUUUAACUGAUUUUAUAUUUCUGAAAGGCUAACAGACAUAUGGGUACACUUGUACAGUAUGCACUCAAACUUAUUUAAUUUUUUUUUUAAGUCAUUGUCCAUUUGUAUUGACACACCUCUGUUUCUAGUUCCAGUUUGGGAAUUUUAUAAAGGUACAACACUGAGUUAAUGUGUUCAUCUUCAUUGGUUGCAUGUGACUUGAUCUUGAAAACAUGUCUAGUAUUUGACAUUGAGAUUUUAAUAGAAGUUAUGAUUAACGGUGUCUCUUCUAGAUAAUCUGAGAUCCAUGGACGGGCUUUAGGGAGUCUGUGAACCCCCUAAAAUUGUAUGUAGAACUUUGGGUACUUGCAUUUUUAUUUUUUACUCUUGAAUCCAUCAGUAAUAUAUGUAUUUUUCUAUAUGGUGUAAGGUAUACGGAUCUAGUUUUAUUUUUAUUCCAAACAGAUAGCUAUUUGUUUCGACACCAUUUAUUAAACAUUCUUUCUCCCAGUGGA